CGAUGAUGAGAGAGCAACAGGUCUACAGCACCUGCUCUUCACAUGCGCACUCAGAAACUGUUCGGCUCUUCUGAUACUGCGGCUGAUUUAUAGUAAGCGGGACAUCUCGACGACAGAAUCAUCGGGUAGCGGCUGAUUCAUGGGCCGCUCUCCGGUGAGCCUGUCCAGACUGAAGCUGGGGAAGUUAAAGGUGGUGCGGCGACAGCUGCUGCAGCGUUAUGAGCACCAGCCGUUUGUCUCGUGUCUGGCAGGCCUCUACGGCUGCCAGUGGAGACGCUACCAGCGUGCUAAAGCUCAGCCAGGAGAAUGCUGCUGUAGUCGGUUGGAGUGUGGUAGCUUCGUGCUCCUCAUUGUAACGUUUUUUCUGACACUGAUAUUCCUGUAUUUCUGGAGUGAGGCGCAGAAUGACUACAAUGAUUUUGACUGGUUUAAUUUUGGGAACUUGGGGUUCUGGUUCCCGUGGUCAGUUGUACUGCUGUUGGUUGCUGCUGUCCUCUUCACCUAUAUCGCCCUCCUGCUGGUUCUAGCAGUGUGCCUUCUCUCCGAGGGACAGAGGCUGUACCUUCACUGGAGCCACAAGAUUGGUAUCCUGGUGACUCUGGCCUUCUCCAUCAGUGCCACAGCUGUGCUCUCAGACUUACGGAGCAAAGAAUGGACCACGCUGCUCCUUUCUUUUCAGGUCACAGCGCCCUUUCUUCAUGUGGGCGGAGUUUCACUAAUGACACUACUGUCUUGGACAAUAGCCUUACACUUCUUUCGCAUGAACAAGAGAGUGAGGCAGGUGGCUCUCCUGAGCUUGUAUUUGGCUGUUCUCUUCACACUGUAUCUGGUGCCUUUGGGCAUGUAUUCUCCCUGCAUCAAAGAGGUGGGCACAUUGGGGCCAGCGCCCAUUCUCAUUGGACACAGAGGAGCGCCCAUGCUUGCACCCGAGAAUACCCAACUAUCCUUUGAGAAGGCUAUUGAAUUGGGUGGAGAGGGGUUAGAGACUGAUAUCACAAUCAGUUAUGAUGGUGUCCCGUUCCUGAUGCAUGACAGCACACUAAGAAGGACAACCAAUGUGCAUGAAGUGUUUCCAAACCGAACAGAUGACCCAGCAGCUAUGUUUACCUGGGCAGAGCUGGAGAUGCUCAAUGCUGGAUCCUGGUUCCUCAGGAGGGAUCCUUUCGGUACGGCCUCCUUUCUUGAUGUAGAUGAGAGGGUUCAAGUCCAGAACCAGACAGUCCCCACCCUGAAGGAGUUUCUCAACCUGGCUGCUCAGCAUGGAAGACUGGUGAUCUUUGACCUAAGACGUCCACCCCGAGGUCAUCCGUACAGGGACACGUGGAUCACUCGCACCCUGGAAGUCUUACACAAUGAGUCCUAUAUUAACUCUAGCCAGGUCUUUUGGCUGCCGGCAGAUCAGAGGAGUGUGGUACAGGAGCUCGACCCAGAGUUACAACAGACGUCUGCAGAUCACGCCUCCAUAGAGGAGCUACAGGAGGAACAUAUAGUCCGACUCAACCUCCAUUACAGCUACAUGUCACAGGAGCAGAUUAGAAAGUACGCCUCAGUGAACAUCAGCACUAACCUGUAUGUGAUCAGUCAGCCGUGGCUGUACUCACUGGCCUGGUGCGCUGGUGUUCAUUCAGUCACUACGAACGCUUUACAUGUCCUAAAGAAACUACAGCGCCCCCUGUUCCUCAUGACUCCACAAGAGUACAGUUUGAUGUGGAUCCUGACAGAUAUUGUGUCUGCUUUCCUCAUCUCCGCUGUUUUCAUAUUCCACUGGUGGCGUGAGAGAGGUUUGCCUUUCUCGUCUGGUAGUCGAAAGGUGAAUGAGAACGGACCGUACAGCAAGUUCAGGACCGAGCUCUGCGAUGUCUGGUCUGUCUCGGGCAUCAGCGUUCAAGGAGAAGCUCAGAGCUCGCCCGCCACACCAAACCUACCCACCAUUACAGAGGAGCCGCCCAUUUCAGACUGAGCAACGAAGAGAUAAAUGGAAGGCAUAAAGACUGCUGAUCGCAUGACCAUCAAUCAUCCAUUUGCACAUGCGCUUUAAACUGAUACCGAUAUGGACCAGAUCUUCUGGUGUGGUUACAUUCAAAGCAAUACAUAUAGCAUAAUUGAGAAUUAUUAUUAUUUUUUUUUCUUAGUCUAUAGUUGACAGCAGUAAAACCUCAGUGGGUCAAACUUGGACAUAAAUAUGCUGCAGCUGUACUGAUAAACAGUACAGUACAUAGAACAUGUACUUGGGACUUUAUGUCAUUUGAACAUUAAAUGAGAAAUUUCCCCCUAAAUGUCUAUAGUGGAAGUCCUGAUACCAUAGUGUUUUACAGUAUAUAUACAAUACACACACACACACAUAGUAGUAUACACACACUAUGUGGUACUAUUACUAUAUUCAUAUACCAUGGUAUUAUUUGGUAUUUCAAAAAAUUACAUUGUGCUACUAUGGUAUAUGUCCAAAUAAUCAUGGUAGUACUAUUUUUGUUAGGGAUAUUUUGUUAAAAAAAUAUCAACAAUGUAUUUCUAUUAAUUAUCCUCUAAACUGAUGGUAUGAGACGAUGAAUCCAAUCCUUCAUUCUGUUUGUUGCUUUUGUGAAUUUUCGUCAUUGUGGCACAAAGGAAUGGCUCAGUUUGCCUGUUAAAGGCCCUGUUAUAAAUUUCCUGUUUACCACAGUACUAAAGAUGGAAAAAGUACAGCAUUCAGAAAUAUUCCAGACUUUUUUGGAAUUAAGAUGUCAGAUUCAUUGCAUGAUGUGAUAAAUUACUGUAUACUGUAUGUAAAAUUUACUCCCAAUCAGGAAGACAUAAACAAGCCAAACAGACAAUCUGGAUUAUAAGUGUAUCUCUAAAAAAUGUAAUCAACUUCUGAUCAAACAUGGUUUUUGACUGAGAACUAUGAUCAGCUCAAAAGGUAUUUAUUUGCAAGUGAAUAAUAUUCAUUUAAAACGUUUUUCAAAAUGCAAGUGUAAAGCAGCAGCUUUCUCAAACAUUAGCUGACGCCCUUUUUUAUGCGUGAGCUCCUAAUCUUAAGCAUUUGCAUGUUAAAACAGUGAUACGCUGGACUACAUACAUGGAAUGGUGAAGAACCAUCUCUGCUUGUAUAAAAUGCAAUGCCUAGUAUGAUUUCUUUUUAUUUAAUCUGUUUUAUGUAAUAUAUGUUUGUAAAUAUGAUUGUAAUCUGAUUUUAAAUUA